UUAUAAUAAUUAGGCUACAAGUGCUGUUUUGUUUGAAACAAACUUGUUAACCCUAAACGUACCUUCCCGCCGCUGGUUUUAAUGUGUUUUAUGUGUUUGCGCUCAACAGUGAGGUAGACUUAUGCAGGAAACAUUUUCACACGACUAUCGGCGUGUCUUUUAUCCCGUGGAUGCUGCUGUCGGGGUCGGUGUCUGAGCCCUGCAGGACCAGCCUGUCAUAGGGCAUCAUGAAUUUCUCGGUUUUUCACAAGUGGAUGAGGCAUAUUUCCCCGGAGAUGCUGCUGUUGGUGCAGAUAUUGUGGCUUUUACCUCUGACCGGAGCGGCUCCAUCUCAGACGACCGAGCAGCUGGACACAGGGGUGGACUGGCUGAGCAAGUUUGGCUACCUCCCGCCCCCCGACCCUGCGACUGGUCAGCUUCAGACCAAAGAGGCCCUGACCAACGCCAUCAAAGCCAUGCAGAAGUUUGGAGGGCUGAAGGAGACCGGGGUCUUUGACCAAGCCACUCUAGGCCUUAUGAAAACACCCAGAUGUUCUCUGCCAGAUGUGUCUGAGGGAGAGCGGACAAUGGGCCGCAGGAAACGAAGCCUGACUCCUUUGAACAAAUGGAGUAAGAGACAUCUAUCCUGGAGAGUGCGGACCUUCCCUAAGGAUUCAGCCUUACUGGGUAGGGACACUGUUCGAGCCCUGAUGUACUACGCUUUGAAGGUCUGGAGCGACAUCGCACCACUUAACUUCCACGAGGUGGCAGGAAGUGACGCCGACAUUCAAAUCGACUUCACAAAGGCCGACCACGAUGAUGGAUAUCCCUUUGACGGGCCGGGGGGCACCGUGGCACACGCAUUUUUCCCCGGAGAGAGGUUCACAGCUGGGGAUACGCACUUUGAUGAUGACGAGGCCUGGACCUUCAGAUCUCCAGACUCUCAUGGGAUGGAUCUGUUUGCGGUUGCGGUCCAUGAGUUCGGUCAUGCCAUCGGCCUGGUCCACACGUCGGCCAUGGAGUCCAUCAUGAGGCCGUACUACCAGGGUCCCGUGGGAGACCCUCUGAAGUACGACCUACCCUAUGAAGACAAGGUCCGCGUCUGGCAGCUCUACGGUGUAAGAGACUCAGUGUCCCAUACUAACCGACCAGGCAACCCGUCCCAGACAGCUGAGCCUCCUGUUCUACUGGACCUUCCUGAAAACAGAUCGACUUUCCUGCUGGCGCGAGAUGCCCCCGACAGAUGCACCAGCCACUUUGAUGCAGUGGCCCAGAUUCGAGGGGAGGCCUUCUUUUUCAAAGGAAAAUACUUUUGGCGACUAACUCGAGAGAAGCACCUGGUGUCUCUGCGUCCGGCUCAGAUCCAUCGCUUCUGGAGGGGCCUCCCAAUCAACCUGGACAGUGUGGACGCUGUGUACGAGAGGCCAGGGGACCACAAAAUCGUUUUUUUUAAAGGUCUGAAGUACUGGGUGUUUAAAGAUAAUAUCGUAGAGGAGGGUUACCCUCGUCCAAUCAGUGACUUCGGCCUCCCCUCGGACGGUGUGGACGCAGCUUUUGUUUGGCUCCACAACGACAAAACCUACUUCUUCAAGGACAACCAGUACUGGCGCUACGACGACCACCUGAGGCGUAUGGAUCUGGGAUAUCCUAAAGACAGCACGCUGUGGAAGGGGCUGCCGUCUCAGCUGGACGACGCCAUGAGGUGGUCUGAUGGCUCGUCCUACUUCUUCAAGGGGAAGGAGUACUGGCGAGUGCCAGGCAGCGACAUGGAGGUGGAGGCAGGAUUCCCCCGCCUCAUCGCCAAAGACUGGCUCCUGUGCACGGAGAUGCAGUCGGACUCUCCGGACGCAGAGCCCAAAAGUACGGAGACAAGAGGCAACGCGCACCAACACCCGGACCACGCAGAGAACGGGUACGAGGUGUGCUCCUGCACCUCGGACACUGCCUCGCCUUUAGGUGCCCGCCCCUCCCCCUCUCCCCUGUGGCUGCUGCCACCUCUCUGGACGCUCUCGCUGGCCCUCAGCUCUGAACUGCUAUGAUGCCAAAGCAGGGGACAAAGUUCCUGAGCCGAUUGGUGGAGGGCUAAAGGACUCUCAAUGGGAGCCAAACUGGAACACUUUUACACUUUGGUAUCUUUUUGUGCUCAUUUUGCUGUUAUUUAUUUUACAUGUCAUUUGGUUGGCACUGCCAACUAGAGUAUCAUCCUUAUAAGCAUCUUUACACUCACACUGCUUUACAGAGUUCUUAUUGAACGCUCACACUGCCUCCUCUCUACAGGGAAAUACUGUAAGAAAUUGAAUAGAUUCAAAGAGCACCAACAGUUAUUUGUCUUGUGACAGGUUUACAGAAACAGUGACUCAAAUCCAGAGGAGUUAAACAGAUGUAAGCAGGUAGAACGAGGAACAGCGUCUUGAAACACACAGUAACCCAUUUUACAUCACAUCAGAGGAUACGUUCACCAAAUGUUUUAAAGAUAACCAGAAAACAUCUUCUCACUCCUCACCUGAUAUCCAGCCCUCACGCCAGUAAAGAAACAAUAUUUCUACUUUUUCUACACAUGUCCAAUUUGAAAUCCAAUUUUUAAAAUCUCAACAUAAGUGUUUUUUUUUUGCAAAAGCAAUUUCAGUGUUUCUCUUGAUUAUCUGCAGAAUUCAGAGGGAUUCUUUUCCUGUGUUUUAAAGUAGAUCUGAUGAAAACGGUUUACAACAAAGUGUGUAGAUGAUCCAGAAUAACAUGGACAGUGAUUCUGAAAAGACUUUAAAUUUGGAAGUUUUAAAGCACUUUUUUUCCACACGCACUGCACACACACACAUCCAUCCAUGCUCGUGGACUUGACAGUUAGCUUGUAAUAUGUGUGAAUGUUUUGGCUCCUGCUCUUUGCAGGAGGAGUCUAAACUUCAGUGAGAGCUGUGAGGGCGGACGUGGAGCUGGAUUGUCAGUUUUCUUGCAUAAAUCCCUCAGUUUGACUCUGACAUGAGAACCUGCAGCUUCUGUUGUUGUUGUUGUUUGUAUUUCCACUCGUUUCACAUUCACUCUGGGUUUUUGAAGCAUUCCUUGCUUUUUGUUUUGUUGUAACUUUUGGAUCCACUUCCGAUAAGGUUAUAUUCCUGUUUUUUUCCUACACUGCAGGUCAUAGAGUUUUAAGAGCCUUUUUUGCUGCUGGACAUUUCUUUAAUCGUCCCUAGCUUCUAUUGAAGACAAGAGUCUUAACAUGGCUCUUGAUUUAUUCUUGCUGUAAAGAUAUAUUUACUUAUAGACUGAUAUAUUUGAGUUGAAAAGUUCUGCAGUUAUUGCAGUACCAAGUGGACUGUGUAUAUUUUAAGCCGUGUUUUCUAAUGUAAAAUAUUUUUGUAAAAAAAAAAAAAAAAUUAAAGAAAUCUGAAUGA